UCCUGGAAAAUGGACGUAUUAUCGCAUUAUAGCUCACCCGUGGUAGAAUUUCCGGCAACCCAACCUCUGGAAAAGCAGUACGCUCUGGUGGACAACUGCACGGGCACCGAUCCACCUCCACCCAGCAAAGAUGCCGCCACGGGAACGCAGGAGAAGCUGCAUGUGGCCACACAAACGGAGCAAAGGGUGGCCAACAGCAAGGAUGUGGAAUACGAUGAGAGGGCUCUGGCCAAGUGGUUGCGCCAAAUAUGUCCGAUGGUGGAGCGGGAGCUGAUGAAUCCCACUCUGAUGGAGGAUCUAACGAUGAGCCAGUGCCGCUUGGAGGAGGAGCUCCAGGUGUUCACGUACCAGAAGCUGUCGAUGGGCGGGGCGGAUAACUCUCAAGGACUCGCCAUUUGGCUGUGUGUGCACACCAACAAUGCUCCCGUUCUGGUGGCCACCACGGUGGCUCCCCACGAUGACUGGUGCGAGCAUGUGGAUCAGCAGCUGAAGCUCUUUGUUCCCCAAAGGAUGUCCAAUGGCAACCUGGUGAUUUACACUGAAGCCAAAAGCCUGCCCUUGAAAUCCUGCCUAAGAAGUCUCUGCACGAAUCCGUUCAACAAGAACAUGUUCGCCGGUUCCACCAUGGAUGGUGAGCUCUUCAUCUGGCUCUAUGAGCAGGCGAGAGGUGGAGAUGCCAGUGUGGAAAUCAAACAGCUAUUCAGUGUUUCCUCGACCCAGGGAGCAGCUGUGGCUCUGGACUGGCCAAGGGAACAGUUCCUGUUGGCCUGCUACCCAAAUGGCAGCGUUCGUCAGUGGGAUUUGAGCAGACAGAUGACUCUGGAUUGGGAGUACUCCCUUCCUGCAACGGUUACCUCCGAACCCACGGCUUUGGUUGCCCUAGGAAUAGAUGACUUCGUGCUAGGCACUAACGAUGGUGGCGUCUACCGAUGCUGGAGCACCGGUCGCCAGGCGGCGACCAAUAAGCAGGUCCAACUGCUGGCCCUCCGAAGACACCGCUUCAUGGUCUCCACGCUACUCCGAACAAAGAUGGGAGGCAACCAGUUCGUUCUAAGCUGCGAUCUCAGUGGUCAGGCUUUCUAUCAUGAUAUGCGACUUGUAGAUGAGGAUUUGGCCCAGUUGAUAGUGCAGAUUCCAUUGCCAUUCAAAAACGUUGUCGCCUGCAGCCGGGACGGGAAUAUCAUCUACUGUCCAGCCGCCGAUGGAGCUCUGGAAUAUUAUAGAGUGAGUGAUGGAGCUCACGCCCAUGUCAAGGGAGGACUGCGUGGCAAGGGAAGCCUCAUCCGAAGUAGCGACAAUGGUCGCUGGUUAAUUACAGGUCUCUACGGAGAUGAGUUCCAGAUUUUCUACGUAGAGUUUUAGAAAAAAAGAACAUUUGAUUUCUCAGUUUUUGAAAUAAUC